CACCAUCAUCGUACAAUAUUUAGUUGAGAUUCCUUCACUGCGUCAGUCAGAUCGGUACUCGGUGCGCGUCGUCGUCAUCAGUUUUGCGGUGAACUUAUUAAAAACGCUUGAGAUAAAUUAAGCGUAAUUGUGCGGGUUUAAGCCAUUCUUAGCUGAUUGUGAGUACGACUUGAGCCUAAAGCCAAAGAUGUCCUGGUAUUAUACUCCCAAGCCGACCGUGGUGCCGGUGGAAGGCUUCGACGCCUCGGCCGAUGCGAACGCGCUCCGGGCCGCGAUGAAGGGCUUCGGAACCGACGAGCAGGCCAUCAUCGACAUCCUGUGCGCCCGUUCCGCCGACCAGCGGACGCAGAUUCUCGAGACGUACGCCAGCGAGCUUGGGCGGGACCUCAUCGAGGACCUCAAGUCCGAGCUGGGCGGAAAGUUCGAGGACGUGAUCGUGGCGUUGAUGAUGCCCGCCGACAAGUUCCUGUGCAAGCAGCUGCGCAAAGCCAUGGACGGAAUCGGCACCAACGAGGACGCCCUGAUCGAAAUUUUGGCCCCGCAAACCAACGAGGAAAUCAAGCGGAUCGUCGAUUGCUACGAGGAGAUGUACAACCGCCCGUUGGCCGAGCAUCUGUGCAGCGAAACUGACGGAAGCUUCCGGCGUCUGCUCACGAUGAUCAUUGUGGGAUCGCGCGAUCCCCAGGGUACGGUCGAUGCCGAUUUGGCCGUCGAGCAGGCUACGGCGCUGUUCGAAGCCGGCGAGGGUCAACUCGGCACGGACGAGAAGACUUUCUACAGCAUAUUGGCGCACGCCAGUUUUGACCAGCUGGAGCUGGUGUUUGAGGAGUACAAGAAACUCUCGGGCCGUACGAUCGAGCAGGCGCUGAAGGACGAGCUGAGCGGAGAGUUGUACGACGCGUUGAGCGCGAUCGUCGAGUGCGUCCAGAUGGCGCCCCACUACUUUGCCAAGCGGCUGCACAAGGCCAUGGACGGGGCAGGAACGGACGACGGUAGCUUGAUCCGCAUCAUCGUGGCCCGGUCGGAGAUUGACCUGCAGAACAUCAAGGACGAGUUCGAGCAGAUGUACAACAAGACGCUGAUCAGCGCGGUUCGGGGUGAAACCUCCGGUGACUACAAGCGUGCCCUGUGCGCCCUGAUUGGCGAAGCCUAAGCGCGGUCAACGGAAAUUUUAACCUUUCACAUUCGCUAUUUAUAUUAAAUACAUGGUGUCGAACUAUUUACUCUCAAUUAUUGUAUACACAUUCACACUAAAGAAUCGAUAUUUAAACCGUAAAUUAUACUGUUGCGAGCACAAAAAAAAACAAAAACACACGCGAGCAGCGCGAGAUUGCAAUUGAAUUGGAUGUUUUCGUGUUGAAAUUUAGAGUUGGACUAGUUUAGCGGCAGCGUGUUAAGUUACAUUUUACAAUCUUCCCCAAGCAGACAAAUCGCGCUCGAGCAGUAGUAUUGAAGAAUCUCAACCCAUACAAUUACGCAGCAUUUAAAUAGAUAACAGGAUCAAAUCCGUGACAGAAGCGAGAUCUGGCUUUUUUUUAAAACUACAAGUUUUUGUUUUGUAUUAGAAGUGCGAUUAGCGUUGAAUUAAGACGCAGGUGAGGCCUUACAGCAGAAAAGUUUUCGUUUCAAAAGUUUAACAUUUGCACAAGAAACAAAAAAAUGUUUGCAUCUUGAUGUAGUAUUUAUAUUGGAAUAAAGAUUGUCGACGAAAAGCGCGAUGCUUUCGCUUUGAAUGGAA